CUCACCUCUUUGCAAACUUUUUCACCUCGGAUUCUGACCCACGACAGCCGUAAGUAAAACGCUCUACUUGACCAGGAAAAGAAUAGAAAACAAAGGAAAACAAGAUAGAACUACAAUGACGGAUGUCGAGAGCAGACAGGCUUCACACUAACACUUAAACUGUAGCAUUUCAAGCGGUUUUCCUUCAUUUUUUUUUUCUCAAUUUAAGCAAGGUAGGUGCCAUGAUUCUGAAUGGAUUCACCUCUCCCUCCAGAAUUGUUUCUGUGAGUUCAAGGCUACCUAAGCCAAUGCCAUGUAGCUUUACUUUUGUGUGCUUUAAUCAUCUGCCUGUGACAGCUGCACUUCAAAGCAGCAGCAGAAGUUCUUCAGGGUCUUAUUGGGAUUUGAAAUCCUGGUCAGUUGUAGAUGUGUCUUUGUUGCACCUUUCUGCUGCAUCAACUCCAUUGUUGAGUGGGGAUCAAGGUGGUCUCUCACACACUUUACCCUCAUUACCAAGGCGUCGCAGAUCUAAUAUGGGCCCGCGAGCAUCAAAGGAUGUUCCAUACAGUUUUCGCUAUCCUCAAAUGACUAAGAAACCCAGAUGGUGGUGGAGGACUUUAGCAUGCCUUCCCUAUUUAAUGCCUCUUCACGAGACAUGGAUGUAUGCUGAGACAGCAUAUCAUCUACACCCCUUCUUGGAAGACCUUGAGUUUUUGACCUAUCCAUUCCUUGGAGCCAUUGGAAGUUUGCCGAGCUGGUCCCUGAUGGCAUAUUUUUUUGUUGCAUAUCUAGGGGUGGUGAGGAGAAAAGAAUGGCCUCACUUUUUUAGAUUUCAUGUGGUGAUGGGCAUGUUAUUGGAGAUUGCCCUGCAGGUGAUUGGGACUGUGAGCCGCUGGAUGCCACUUGCAGUCUACUGGGGCAAGAUUGGGAUGCACUUUUGGACAGCUGUGGCAUUUGCUUAUCUCUUUACUGUUCUGGAGUGCAUUCGAUGUGCACUUGCUGGAUAUCCAUCUAAGCACCGUCCACCUUCCAACCAUCCAAGUGGGCCUUUUCCCCUCCUUUCUUUAGUUAAUGAUGAUUUUGUGAAUGCCAUUUAGAUGUUAGUUACCAUUAGUGCUAUCUUGAUUACCCUUUCCGAUAAUGUUUAUCCUUUCUGAUAAAUGUUACUGUAAUUGAUGGUAAUGCUUUUGAUUUGUUUAAUCUUCAUGUCUGAACGUGUUCUUUUGUC